AUGGCCCCUGGGCCUCCCCUCAUAGGGGGAAAUAGGCUUGCACUCUUGGCAGAUGGUCCCCAAUCGAAGAAAAAACGAUCGAAUGUUAAAACAAUUACAGACUUUCCCGGACUUCCAAAAAUUCAACUGCCUUAUCCAAAAUAUGUUGUUGUUGCCUCUGCCAACGAUCUAAGAUCUUUAUCUGAGUUCUCUUGUUUUGCGGUGCAAAAAGCUCUAUACGUUUUAAGUAAAAAAAUUAUAUCGAUUUCUGAACUAAGAGAUGGUAACCUGUUGUUAUUAGUCAAAGACAUGUCUACUGCACAAAAGUUUAUAUCAGCUAAAGAUUUAUUAACUAUUUGCCCAAUUAAAUGCUUUCUUCAUAAGCAAUUGAACACAACAAAAGGAACUGUAUACGCACCGUAUUUAAAUAAAAUGUCAGAAGAAGAAAUAGUUAAUGAGCUGAGUUCGCAGGGCGUAGUUGAAUGCUACAAGUUCCCUAAAAUGAUCGAAGGUCAGUCCCAUCCUAGCGGAGUUGUUUUACUAUCUUUUAACACAUUUACUUUGCCCGAAAAAAUUGAAAUCUCUUGGCGUUCCGUUGAUGUGCGUGAGUAUAUACCAAACCCAAUGCGUUGCAAAUCGUGCCAGGUUCUUGGUCAUACUGCCAAAAGAUGCCGAAACGCUCCAGCUUGUGUAAAUUGCGGUUUGCCCCCUCACGCCCCGUUUGACUGUUCCCGUACAUUUUGUGUUAAUUGUUCAGAACAGCACCCAGCCUCUUCUAAAGAGUGUACUAAAUUUUUUCAGCAAAAAGAGAUAUUAAAAAUUAAAACAAAAAAUAAAUGUACAAUGCUGGAAGCAAAACAACUAUAUAAAGCACUACCUUCAGUCGAUAUCUCCAGCAACAGUUUCUCUUCUGUGGUUUCAUCUGGCAUUAAUAAAACACCGCAAUCUAAUAAUGUUUCAAAAAAUACAAUUACAACAACACUCUCUACAAGCUCUCCAGUUAAAUCAUCAACUUCGAAAGUGCAAUCAAGAGACAUAAUAAAUAACAAUAACAAAAAUAUUAACUCUUUCUCUUCUUCGAGCUUACGUUCUACAAGCACACCAUCUUACAUCAAUUCUUCCAGUACAAGCAGAAUUAAUACAAACAACGAUGGAGAAAAAAAACAAAAUUUGGAACCGGUCUCUCGUUCAACUAUUGGUACUCAUAAACCUGCAGUCUUAGAAGAAAGUAACUCUUUAAUACACGAUCUUAAAUCAAAUAUUUCUACAACAAACACAAUAAUUGGAACUAUCCCUAAAUUUAGAAAAAAGCCCUCUACUAGUCAAGAUUCUCUUACUAGAACAGAUAGUGAUUAUGAUUAUAGCCGUACAUCAUUAUCUGCCGCGGCUAAGAAAAUCGAGAUUGAUAUUACAAUAGUUGAAUUUAGUAGCGUCAUUUGCAAGGUUAAGGGAAAAACCCCGGGUUGCGAUCGUAUAUCAUACCCCAUGUUACUUAAUCUUCCAACAAUCCUAAUAAAUAGAUUAAUCAAAUUAUACAAUAACAUUUUGAUAUUGGAUAGAGACUUACGUAACAGUCGGAUGUGUUUUGCACUCGCUCCUAUUUAA